AUGAUUUAAAAACCAUUUCUUUAUGUGACAAAUCCUGAGACUUUCACAAUUUACAAAUAUCAAUAUUAAGUUGGAAAAUAUAAAAAGAUCGGCCCUCAUAUUCCUUAGGAAUUUGAAUUAAUGACUGUGAGAUAGUAAUAGUAAUAUCGCUAAUGGAAAGCCUUAAAAUUUAUGAUGUGGAGUGUUUUCAAUAAAGAUAAGAUUCAAAAUCCUAUUGAUCAUCGAAUUAUUCUAUGCAGAUUAAUGGAUUUAAAUACAAAUGUGUUAUUGGCAAUUGUUAGUACCAUUGGAUUGAGAUAUUUCCUUCUGAAAUUACAAUCUCAAUUUAUGGAUUACUAUUUCGAAGACAGGCUAAUAACUUUUCCAAAACUCAAGAAAGGCUUAGCUUAUUCUUACUUUGGUUUUGCAUUGUAUUUUGGAGUAAAGAGUGUAAUCAAUUAGGAACAUAUAUUUGAUUUAAGUUUGGAGUAUGAGUGA